AUGACGACAAACAGUACGACCUCUGAGCCGCAAAAUAUUCCCAAAGCUGCGAAUCCCCUUGUGUUAAAGGCAUUCGGAGAAGACGAAGAAGAAAAUUCAGCGCAGCCAAGGCCAACACGGUGCGGCGCCAUGUCGUCCUUCUUGCGCGAGCUUCAGGAAGAACAGACGAUACGCGACAGUCAAAUGAGCGAGCCGAAAGCUACUUCUACUACAAAUCUUCGUGUACAAGGGCUGCCAAGCUCCUGCACCGAGGUUGACCUGGGCCACUACUUUGCACAGUGGGGCAACGUUGCUUCUGUCAAGGUACGUACCCUUACACAGCUGACCGAGAUUCCUCUUUUAGCCUCAGCACAUGGUUUUGUAGCAUACAUGCUCCGCAAUGACGCCGAAGGUGCCAUGCGCGCCGCUGACGGAGCUCAAUGGGAGGGCCAUACACUUACCGUAACCUGGAGCCGUGCGCUUGCAUUGCCAGCGACGCCGCGCUUUUGCAAGACAGCAAUGGCGGUGCACACAUACAAUGAGCGCAAGCGUCAAGCUCUAGAAAUGGAGGACAAUGUCGCGUUUGACGACGAGGUACGUGCCUAA